AUGGAUGUGCGCGCCAUCCUGGAGUCCAACUCCAGCGGCAACUUGACUCCUGCGGUGUCCGGGACUGGGACUGUCCUCCCGGGUUACCUGGCGGUGAUCUUAUCGGUCCUCAUGGUGACUCUGGUGGUGGUGGUGGUGGCUGGAAACGCGCUGGUUAUCAUGGCUUUUAUUGUGGAUAAAACCCUGAGAAACCAAAGCAACUACUUCUUUCUGAACCUUGCUAUAUCUGAUUUUCUCGUGGGUGCGUUCUGCAUCCCAGUGUACAUUCCGUAUAACCUGACAGGCCGCUGGAUGCUGGGUAAGGAUCUCUGCAAGGUGUGGCUGGUCGUGGACUACCUGCUCUGCACUGCCUCAGUCUUCAACAUUGUCCUCAUUAGUUAUGACCGCUUCCUGUCAGUCACAAGAGCAGUUAAAUACAGAGCGCAGAGAAACAUGACCCGCCAGGCUGUGUUCAAGAUGGUGGCAGUGUGGGUGCUGGCCUUCCUCCUCUACGGCCCCGCCAUCAUCUUCUGGGAGACGAUGGUUGGCGUGAGUGUUGUCCCACCCCACGAGUGCUACGCUGAGUUUUAUUUCACCUGGUACUUCCUGCUGAGCGCUUCCAUCUUUGAAUUCUUCACUCCGUUUUUGUCUGUUGCCUUCCUCAACCUCAGCAUCUACCUGAACAUCCAUCGCAGGAACAAGAGCGGGAACGCCAGCGUCAAGGACAACGCCAAGACGCAGAAGAACAGCAAGAAGCACAGAGACGGAGGAGGCUGGUCUGUGUUUUUUGUCAAGACUCGGAAGGUGUCGUCCAGCGAGCCCACUGCUAUCUCUGCGGUUAUUGAGGACGAUGACAUCCUGUCCCCGUCCUCCAGCGGGGAACCUAACACCAGUAACACAUUCGUGCAAAGGGAGACAUUUUCUUCCAGCAGAAAGAACUCCAGGUUGUUUCAGCACACGGCCUCCUGCAUGGCACCUGGCCACAGAACACAGUGGUCUCGUCUUUCCAGAGACAAAAAGAUCGCCAAGUCUCUGGCCAUUAUCGUCUGCAUUUUUGGGAUUUGCUGGGCUCCUUACACUCUACUAAUGAUCAUACGUGCUGCCUGCAGCGGUAAAUGUGUGGCGGACUACUGGUACGAGAUGACAUUCUGGCUUCUGUGGUUGAACUCUGCCAUCAACCCGUUCUUGUACCCGCUUUGCCACAGCAGCUUUCGAAGGGCUUUCUCAAAGAUACUGUGUCCCAAAAGACAAUCAGUCCAGCCUCAGAUCGAGGCCCAGUCUUGUUAA